UAGGUCGCUCAUUCGCUGUGCAACAGUCAAAGCUUGUGGACAUACCUUGCGAGCAGUGAACGGUGUUUUCGAACGGUGUUAUGUUCUGAGUUUUAAACUGGGCUUAAACGAACAAUCGUGUCUGAGUGUGUGCUUUUGUGCGUUGCUUUCCUCGCGUCUUUAUUCCAAUAACAGAAACAGAAGCAACGAAAUAGCCAUCACAAAUAGCAAAGUGAGCAAUAAACAAACGGCUAAAGAAAAUAAAUUUCUACAGUGUUGUUGUACUUAUUAUUGUUGUGUCUGAAAGAACAGUGGUUUAAAGCUAAGGUGAAAAUCGUCAGCAUCCGAAUGUGAAUAGAUGGAAUACAGAAAAUAAAGAAAGACUAUAGUAUAAGCAUAAGCAACCAAAUACAACAACAAAGUGAAGGUCUCGCAAGACAAUUGCACUGAGUAUUAUUCAUUUAUACGCUUUAAGUGUGUUCGUACUUCGUGUGUAAUUCGAAUGGAAGCAAAGUGAUCGCCAAAGCCAGACUCUGAAAUUUACUAAAGCGAAGCAGAGGCAACAGUUAAAAAAGCUACGAGCAGAAAGAAGCAGCAAAUUAGCCAAUCAGCCAGCCAACGAAAGAGUAGUCAUCGAAAGUUAUUUAUUCAUAUAGUAAACCACUUUGCAAUAUAUACAUACAUACAUACAUACUACAUAGUAUACACUCACUUGUAAAGUUAUUUUAGGGUGUGGUGCGUAAAAUUUUCCCAGAAAUAAUUUAAUAAAUCACGUGAAAAUCGUCAGUGCAUAACUUAUAAUAAGAAGCAUUUUAUAGCAAUGAGCCUGUUGUCAAAAAAACAGCGAACGAGAGCCAACUUCAUGGCCAACACUAAGUCCUCAUCGUUCACCUUCUUAGUCGCCAUUGUGGUAUGCUUAUUGGCGCUAUUGGCAGGCAGUGCGCAAGCGCAGCGUACCCCAACAAUUUCGUACAUCACACAAGAACAAAUUAAGGAUAUCGGUGGCACGGUCGAAUUCGAUUGCUCGGUACAGUACGCGAGUGACUAUCAAGUACUGUGGUCAAAGACGGAUGCCGAUCCCGUCUUCUUGUCGACCGCCUCAACGUUGGUGAUUAAAGAUUCACGAUUUUCUCUACGUUACGAUCCUAAUUCCUCCACAUAUAAACUGCAAAUUAAGGACAUCCAGGAGACUGAUGCAGGCACAUACACCUGUCAAGUGGUGAUUUCCGUCGUACAUAAAGUCAGUGCCAAUGUGAAGCUUUCCGUUCGUCGUCCACCCGUCAUCUCCGACAAUUCAACACAAUCGAUAGUGGCAAGCGAAGGCAGUGAAGUGCAGAUGGAAUGCUAUGCCAGCGGGUAUCCGACGCCGUCAAUUACUUGGCGUCGUGAGAACAAUGCCAUCCUACCAACAGAUAGCGCAACAUACGUAGGCAACAUACUGAAGAUUAAGUCGGUGAAGAAGGAGGAUCGCGGCACUUACUAUUGCGUUGCCGACAACGGCGUCAGCAAAGGUGACCGUCGCAACAUCAAUGUAGAAGUCGAAUUCGCACCUGUCAUCACUGUGCCACGGCCACGUUUGGGACAAGCUCUCCAAUAUGACAUGGAUUUGGAAUGUCACAUCGAAGCUUAUCCACCACCAGCUAUUGUCUGGCUAAAGGAUGACAUUCAACUCUCGAACAACCAGCACUACAGCAUCUCUCACUUUGCCACCGCCGACGAGUACUCCGACUCCACAUUGCGUGUUAUCACCAUUGAGAAACGUCAAUAUGGCGACUAUGUUUGCAAGGCCGUAAACAAGCUAGGACAGGCCGAGGCGCGCGUCAAUCUCUUCGAAACGGUGAUCCCGGUGUGUCCACCAGCUUGCGGGCAGGCAUAUUACGGCGGGGCUGAACAUUUGGCGGCCACCACAUUUGUAUUAUUGACCAUGGUCGGAGCGGCGCUCUUUGCAAGAUAAACGCAACAACUAUGAAUUUGUUUAAUACACACCUACAUAGGUAUGUACACACAUAUGUACAUACCAAGUGGGCGUGUUCGAAGAGCAGGACGCAGCUUACAAAAAAAAACAAAAAACGAUAAGCGAUGAAAGACGAGUAGCAAGCUGGCUAUGCCGCAAAUAAAACACUAUCGAAAUACAAGCAUACACACAUUAUAUAUACACAUGCAUAUAGUUAAAAGAAAAUCGAAUAUUGUAAUAUUUUAAAUUAAAAAUUAAAAAGUGAAAAGCCAACAUCAAUGGACUUAAAGCCAAACCGAAAUCGAUCAAUAAACACACGCGUUUCUGUUAUCAACGAAGCGAAAAACAACUACUACAAGCAUUCCAGGAGUCUUAAGGCCGCGUCGUAUCGUAGUGAACCUUUACUUUUAACUUUUAUUUAAUUAUCGUCUCAAAUAUUCCGCAGCUUUUUCGUUUUGUUUUCUUUGUCGAUCUAAGUAAGUCAUUUGUUGUAAGGUUUCUAUAAAGAAGACGUCCAUUUUAGUUAAGUGCUCAAUGAUUUAUUUCUCUGUUGUUUAAUUUUAUUUUAUUUCAUUUUACUUUAUAAUAAAACUAUGUACAUAUGUACAUACAUACAUAAAAGAGCGUGCUGAAAACAAAAGCGUAUACAACCAACGCGUGUAUGUAUGUAAAAUUGGCAUUUGUUUGAAGAAGGGACACAAAUAUUUUGUUGUAUGUCGGUAGACCGCCACCAAAACCCCGUCCACAACUCUGAAACAUCUCAGUUAUUUCAAAGCUGUCAAAACAUCACUCAAUGGUCCUUCCUACAAUUAGCAUCACAAUCGGACUUGAGUUGCAUAAUUCAGUAUAUUCAAAUACAUAUGUAUACACAUACACAAGUCAAAUUUUUUUUGAAAUAUCCAUUUCUUAAUGUCUAUUAAUAUAUAACAGACAAAAUUAUAAAAUAAUGUCAAUGGAACAUGUGUUCUUAAAUGCGAAAACAAAAAGUAUAAAAUUUAAUUAAAGCAAGUAAUUUAUAAGAACAUAAAAUAUGGAAAAGUUGAGUAAAUUUUUUAUAUAAUAUAUUCUAUCUUACCGCUCUGUUAAUCAUAAGUUUUUAUAAGUAAAACGAAUAAGUUUUUAUAUUAAAUACAUUGUAUGUGAAUAACAUUUAUGUUUGUAUGUGACUACAGACCCAUUUCAUAUCGGGUGUAAAUAAAAAGUAAACAAAUUAACUUACAUUUAGAAGGUAUAACAAUUCAAUUAUAAACGAUAAACGAAUGUAAUAAUAAUACAUAUGUGACAAACCAAUAGAAUAAACAGAAUUAAUUAAAAAUGUA